AUGUAUGUGAAGGAUUUCGGGAUUGAUACCAUAGAAGCUGAACUUAGAGACGUGACAGAUGUGUUAAAGUGUCGAGAUAACAUGCACGCUUGGUGCUACAGGCAGUGGCUUGUUGCCGAGAAAAAUCCAAAUGGUUUUAAGUCUCAGUUUGCUGAGCCGAUUAUUCGUGAGGAAUGCAAGUUGACUGGUCAAGUUUUAGCUGACAACAUAAAGAGCAUCUAUGCCUGGUCACACAGAAAGUGGACCAUGGAGAGAUUUGGGGGUUGGAAAGAUGAACUUGUGUUCUGCCGGCAACUCCUUGAAAAUGACAUUCGAAAUACCUUAGCUUGGAACCAGAAAACCUUCAUUAUCAUGCGUUGGGGCCAGCAAGUAUCUCAGGAAAUAAGGGAACUCGAGUUAGAGUUUACUGAGAAGGCCAUUUACAAAGACCGAGAGAGUGAACAUCCGUGGAUGUACUUAACAUGCCUAUACCAGGCUAAGCCCUUUGUGCAUCAAAGUAUAGAUCUCAUCUACGAGUCCCUUACUUGGGCCACAAUGAGGGACCCAAUAGAUGUGUUCAUGAACAGAAGGUGGUGUGUUAAUGUUCUGGACACUCUUUUGCAUCUUACUUCCCUCGGUUACAAACCAAACGAGAAAGUGCGUGGUGCGGUAUUUAGAUUAUGCUCGAACAUCAAGUUAGCUGCUGACAUCACAGACGGGUCGCUAUGUUUCUGUGCUGUUACUGAUAACAAGUGUGAAACUUGCAGAUUUUGUUUGAUUUUGAUUUUGCAGCAUGUCGAUCUAGAGGGUCAUCAUCCUUGGGAAGUUGUGUAUUGA